AUGGCUCACGAACGACGUGAGCACGGCCCGAACGCCGUCAUCGAACGAUUCGCCUGCCAGUUUCCCGGCUGUGACUUCGUAGCGAAACACAAAACGAGCCUGAGAAUCCAUGCAGUCAUGCACGAUCCCGACGCUGAGCGACACGCAUGCCAGUUUCCCGGAUGCGAUUACACAACCAGGUACAGAAGUGACCUGAAAACACAUGCCGUCGUGCACGAUCCCAACGCUGAGCGACACGCAUGUCAGUUUCCUGGCUGCGACUUUGUAACAAAACACAAAGGGAACCUGAGAAUCCAUGCCGUCGUCCACGAUCCCAACUCUGAACAACUCCCAUGUCGGUUUCCUGGCUGUGGCUUUGUAACAAAACACAAAGCGAGCCUGAAAAAUCAUGCGGUCAUACACGAUCCCAAUGCCGAGCUAUUCGCGUGCCAGUUUCCCGGCUGUAAACUCAUGACCAAAUACAAAAGAAACCUGAAAGUGCAUGGGACCUUCAAGCAUGAUAAGCCUGUGGCUAGUCAUGACAGCGAAGACUCUGCGGGUGCCACCUCCCUUUAG